UGUAAUAUUUGUAGGAAAUGUUCUGUUAAAUACAAUUUGUAUAGGGAUGUAGGGUUUGCAUAAAAAGCUAGCUUUUCAGCUGACAAAUUGAUGGAAAGAACUGCACUAGUGUACACCAGUUGAGGAUUUGGCCAAAAUUCAUGAGAAAUACAUUGCAUUAUCAUCCUUUUUUAUCUGGUAUGUGCUCAUAAAAAUAAAGCCAUAGAAUUAAAAUGAAACAAAUUGAGCAUCAAAAAGUAGCAGUUACUACAGUGAUAUAAUUUGGAAGACAUCACAUGGGAAUCCCUUUUGUUGUUGUAGGAUGCACCUGCUUCAUUGUACUUUGCUCUUCCUGCUGCUACCACUCAGUUCCAGGACCCAAAAGUUGCCUACCAGAGAUGAGGAACUUUUCCAGAUGCAGAUUAGGGAUAAAGCAUUCUUCCAUGAUUCAUCAGUAAUUCCAGAUGGAGCUGAAAUUAACAGCUAUCUCUUCCGGGACACACCUAAGAGGUAUUUCUUUGUGGUUGAAGAAGAUAACACUCCUUUAGCAGUUACUGUAACACCAUGUGAUGCUCCUUUGGAAUGGAAGCUGAGUCUGCAGGAACUUCCAGAAGAAGCCAGUGGAGAAAGUUCAGGUGAACCAGAACCACUUGAGCAGCAGAAACAGCAGAUUAUUAAUGAAGAAAGCACAGAGCUGUUCUCUUACAAAGGAAAUGAUGUUGAGUACUUUGUGUCCUCCAGUUCCCCAUCUGGCUUGUACCAGUUAGAACUCCUGUCAACAGAGAAAGAUACACACUUUAAAGUAUAUGCCACUACAACUCCAGAGUCAGACCAACCUUAUCCUGAAUUACCUUAUGAUCCGAGAGUUGAUGUCACCUCGCUUGGACGCACAACAGUCACAUUGGCAUGGAAACCAACUCCUACAGCAUCUUUAUUGAAACAACCUAUUCAAUAUUGUAUAGUCAUCAAUAAAGAACACAAUUUCAAAAGCCUCUGUGCUGUUGAAGCUAAGCUCAAUUCUGAUGAUGCCUUCAUGAUGGCUCCAAAACCAGGUCUGGAUUUCAGUCCAUUUGACUUUGCCCAUUUUGGCUUUCCAUCAGAAAAUAAUUCUGGCAAAGAACGUAGCUUCAUAAAAUCUUCAAAGCUUGGGCGCCACAUUCCUCCAAAGCCGAGGGUUGAUCUGCAGAAAAUUUGUAUUGGGAACAAGAACAUCUUCACAGUUUCUGAUUUGAAACCUGAUACACAAUACUACUUUGACAUGUUUGCAGUUAAUAUUGACACAAAUAUGAGCACUGCCUAUGUUGGCACCUUUGCCCGAACUAAAGAGGAAGCCAAACAGAAGACAGUUGAACUGAAAGAUGGAAAAGUCACAGAUGUAUUCAUCAAAAGAAAGGGAGCCAAAUUUUUACGGUUUGCUCCUGUUUCAUCACACCAAAAGGUCACCUUCUUUGUUCAUUCAUGCCUAGAUGCUGUGCAGAUCCAGGUUAGAAGAGGUGGAAAACUUAUCUUGUCCCAGAACGUUGAGGGUGUCCGUCAGUUCCAACUGAGAGGAAAACCAAAAGCUAAAUAUCUAAUUAGGCUGAAAGGAAGUAAGAAAGGUGCCUCCAUGUUGAAGAUUUUGGCUACAACAAGACCUAAUAAGCAGUCAUUUCCUUCUCUCCCCGAAGAUACCAGAAUCAAAGCCUUUGACAAACUUCGCACAUGUUCUUCAGUCACAGUGGCAUGGCUAGGCACACAGGAGAGAAAUAAAUUUUGCAUCUAUAGAAAGGAAGUGGAUGACAAUUACAAUGAAGAACAAAAGAAAAGACAACAGAACCAGUGCUUGGGUCCAAACACAAGGAAGAAAUCAGAAAAAGUCCUCUGUAAAUAUUUUCAUAGCCAGAAUAUACAAAAAGCAGUGACAACAGAGACAAUUAAAGGUCUGCAGCCUGGCAAGUCCUACCUGCUGGAUGUUUAUGUCAUAGGGCAUGGAGGACAUUCAGUCAAAUAUCAGAGCAAACUAGUGAAAACAAGGAAGUUCUGUUAGUGACCUUGUAUAUAAAAAUAUAUGGAACUCUAAUCUGAACGUUAUCUUACUUUAAGUAUACAGAUUGACUACUUACACAGCUGAGAAGUUGUGACCUGUAUUUGUACUGUGUAGAAAAUAUAUCAACUUGUAUAUUUAUGUUUACAUAAGUACUGGUUUGGAGGGGCUGAGCCUGGUGCUCUUUAUUGGCAUCCAGCAGUUGUAUUAUCAUGUGUCAAGCAGUCCACAUUUGAUGCUCAGUAGAUGGCAAAGGUAGCAAGAAACCUUGAAGAAACUGCCAUUCUUUUGCUUCCAUAUUGCAUGAACUGCUUCUAAAUUAUUUUAUUACUUAAAAGGCUGAGAAGUCAUUCAACCACCUUGUUAUUCACAUACAAAACCACACAGAAACACUUUCUCUCUAUGUAGAUGGUAGGAUUUCUGUAAAUUAUUUUAUAAAGUCUUGUUUUAAAUGUCUAUGUUUCUAUGAUUGUAAACUAUUAAAAGCAUCCCCAUUAAAAUGCAGAUCUAUACUAAAUAUUAACUGGGCUGCAGAUCAGUCAAUGUCAUUGCUAAUGUAAAUUCUUAUCUGCUUGAUUUUAAUGUUUAAAUACUGUAUGUAUUUCAUGUACAAAGAUGUCAUACAUUAUAUUCCUGUACAUAAAAUUAAAAAUAUUAGAUUAUAUAUUGCUUCUCUUUUCUUGAUAUUCUAAGGGAGAAAACAAGCACCCUGAAACUUAACAGUGUAACCCUGAAUGCUUAUGGAGUUUAUCUGUUGUUGUGUUUUUAAUGUUUUCAGAAAAGGGUGUCUAAAGAUGCCUAGAAUUACUAAUGCUACUGAGGAAGUUGUUAAAUAUGUAAGUGAUCAUAGGACAUUGGAAAAAAAGGCAGCUGUUGCAAACAUUGAAACUGCCGUGAUAUAGCAUUAAAAAUGUAGACAGCAUGGAAAUGCUUUAAAAUAUACUUUGUGAUUGAAAAUGCAAUCCAUUUUGUUGUUGUUAUUUUUUGAGUGCUGACAGUGUACUUAGCACUCUGCAUUCACUUGCAAAAUAACUGGACAGACAGUACAGUUCAAA